AGAAAGAUCCAAAAUUUCCUCCUGAUUCGGCCGUUCCAGCUGAAACCGACAGGAGUGUCCAUCCGAAGCAGACUUUUUAUGUCCGUGCUUGACCCUGCUGCGCCUCCAUAGGUUUUUCUGCGAGCAUUCUCAGAUUUGUUUCGAGAAGCUCCGAUCAAAUACGCUCCACUCUGAGACAGGUUGAUCUAAAACACAAAAGGCUCAAGUCCACGUCAAGGGCCGGUCCCACUUUCAACGGUCACUGUCACAUGACCGCUCAUGCAAUGUCCAUCUCGAUGAACUCCGACCAUGAUGAGGAUUCCCUGACGGAUGAUUUCUGCCUGUUUGAGGAACCAGAGGGCUAUUUCCAAGCAGAGAAGCCCCCCACGUCAGCCACCCACGAACUGUUGUCUGGUGAAACAGUUACCGUGCGGUUGGUAGGACACAACCCUUUAUGGGGUCACCUAUUAUGGAAUGCAGGACGCGUGAUUUCGAAUUACCUGGAGGAGCGGUCCGAGACUCUUAUCCGGGGUCGGGAUAUCCUUGAGUUGGGGGCAGGGGCGGGUCUUCCAAGUCUCGUAUGCGCCAAGAGAGACGCUCGUUCGGUUGUUGUGACCGACUAUCCUGAUCCGGACUUAAUCGAGAAUUUGAGGCACAACAUCUCUCAUUGCAAUUUGCCAGCAGGAGUUGAUAAUAUCCAUGCCGAGGGUUAUUUGUGGGGAGCUUCAGCAGAGACGGUUAGAAGCUAUUUACGAGAUCCGGCAACGGGUUUUGAUAUAUUAAUAUUGGCUGACCUGCUCUUCAACCAUUCCGAACAUUCAAAACUCAUUGCCAGCAUCGAGCAAUGUCUUAGAAAAUCAAGAACUGCACAAGCACUGGUCUUCUUCACGCCAUAUCGGCCGUGGCUUCUCGAAAAGGAUCUAGCGUUCUUUGACCUGGCCAGGUCCGCCGGCUUCAAGGUGGAGAAAAUCUUAGAAAAGGUGAUGGAUAAGGUUCUAUUUGAAAAGGACCCAGGUGAUGAGCUACUUCGACGUACAGUCUACGGUUACGAGGUCCGGUGGGGUGACGGCAAAAAUCCAGAAAAGCAAUAGCGUCCAGCGAAGGCAGGAACUGUUUUAUUGGCCAUGACCGUUAAUCAUCUAUAGCAUAAUGCUACUAUAUCACAAU